AUGUCAAAUGUUGUGAUCUUCUCAGGCUGGAAAUCAUACGAGGACAGGAAAGCUCUAGCCUCGGGUCAGAGGCCAGAAUCGGGAGGUGUCUACACGAUGUACCAUGGCACACACCUGAAAAGCGCAAGGGACAUCAUCAGCAACGGUUUCAAGCCUUCCGCAGACGGCUUACUGGGCCGUGGGGUAUACGUCAGCCGUAACAUUGAAAAAGCCAAAUGUUAUCCUCUGCAAACGGACAAGAAAGACAGUGUUGUGUUUAAACUGAAGGUACGGGUGGGCAGGGUGAAAAAGAUUAACAGCGACACUCAUCCGCUGCAGAAGUCCUGGCAUCAGAACGGAUAUGACUGCGCUUGGGUACCCCCCAAAAGCAACAUAUCUUCUAUCAAGUCAGGAAGAGAGGAGGACUGCGUGUGGGACCCCAAGAGAAUCACGGUGAUUGACGUGGCCUGCUGCGUGGAUGACGCGAAACGGGCAGAACUCAGGCGGUUGAUACGGAGACGCAGGAAAGGAGAGGGCCAGUGCGACCUCUGCCAUCAGAGCGGUGUGCCGCACGACACAAGACGUUGUUGGGAAUGCGGCGAUUUCAUUUGCUGUUUUCAGGCAAAACAUAUUUGCAAGCGUGACUGA